AGUUCGCACUACACAGCCCAUCAAACCCGCAUUUUAUGUUUGCUAGACUACUUUAAACCCAUGAAGCUGUCAGUGUGAAGGAGGGUGCUUUUGCUAUAUUUCACGAUCGUCUGGGUUGAGUUGAGUGAGUGACGGAACAUGGAGUCCCUCCAAGAAGCAAAAAGAGCGACGCCACGAUUUGCCUCCCACUAGAAACCCAAUUCAUCCUCAAAGAACAUAACGUGUUUAGUCAUAAUCGAUUUUAUUGGAACACUCGAUGAUCGGUUAAUCAUCAGCGGAAGUGAAGACGCCGGAGUGUUUGACAGCUUUUCUGUGAUAUAGGCACUACCAAGCUUGUCUGUGUUUUGACUGGCUCUCCACCCAUCCCAAGAUGCAAAUGAAUAGCUUAUUAAACCAGUGCAUGGAGGUCUCCAGGAUGUGUGAGGUAGACGUUUCGUCUGAGCCCACCAGCCCGACACUGUAUAGCGAGUCUUCUGAUACAUACUGCCAUGUGGAUCGCUGGCAGAAACUACGCACAGCUGUCCGCAAACUAGAAUUCUGGGAAAACUUCACGCAUGAGCUCAUUGGCAGUGGCUUCUUCUCAAAGGUUUACAAGGUAAGCCACAAUACCACACGGAAAGUGACGGUAGUGAAGAUCUAUAAGAACGAUGUGGACCAGGCCAGUAUUGUACGAGAAAUCAGUCUUCUGCAAAAGCUCUCUCACCCCAACAUAGUAAGGUAUCUGGGUAUCUGUGUGAAAGAGGACAAGUUGUAUCCAAUUCUGGAGUACGUUAGUGGAGGAUGUUUAGAGGAGCUUUUGGCCCGGAAAGAUGUUCCCCUAUGCUGGAGAGAGAAAGUUGACCUGGCCUCUGACAUCACCCGAGGGAUGAUUUAUCUACACUACAAAAACAUCUACCACCGAGAUCUGAACUCUAAGAACUGUCUGAUAAGGGUAACGGGCAGAGGCAGAGAGGCGCUGGUAACUGAUUUUGGCUUGGCUAGAGAAGUGGUUGAACUCCCUGCAAAGGACAGAAAGCUUUCACUUGUGGGCUCAGCGUUCUGGAUGGCCCCUGAGAUGUUGCGUGGGGAGCCUUAUGACCGCAAGGUGGACGUGUUCUCUUUUGGAAUUGUUUUGUGUGAAAUCCUGGCUAGAAUCACGGCAGACCCUGAAAUCCUUCCACGAACUCAGGAUUAUGGUUUGGACGUGGCAGCAUUAAGCAGAAUGGUCAGUGGGUGUCCUCAGCAUCUUUUGGAGCUUGCCGCCAGCUGCUGUCUGAUAGAGGCGUUCAGGAGACCCUCUUUCACAGAGCUCUUGGAGGAGUUGGGUGAAAUGUCUGAAACUCUGGAGUCUCCUCACACUGAUCUCAGCACAGGCUGAGCUACAGCAGGUGCUUCAGUAUCCCAUCAGCCCUGCAAUGGACACCAACCUCAGUCAAUGAGAAAUGAGAAAUAUAGCUGAACUGAAGAUUUAUUAUUGAGCGGUUUGCACCGCAAAAGCAGAGUAAGGAAUUUAUUUAUGGACCUAAAGCUUCAAGUGCUUCACUCAUUACAGUUUAAUUCAGCACAACUGAACAUAUUGUGCACAGCAUACAGAAUAUUAUAGUAUAAAGAACUGUUGUUCCAGCCAAAAGUGUGUUUACCUGUUUGCAGUGUCAACAUUUCCAAGCAAAAGACUUUACCAAAAACAUGUUGCUAUUUCUGUGUUUUUAUUAAUCCUUUCAUAUUUAAAAUCUCCUAAAUUGGAUUUUGACAUUUCAGUUAUCUCAAAGUCUGAGAGCUUUGUUAAAUUUGUUAAACUUUGGAUAUUUUCAUAUAUUUAAGGUAUUAGUAAACAUAAUGUACAGUAUAAAUUAUUUGUUUUAUUUAUACACCAGGGGAAAGGUUUUUGUCCAGAAUUAAUUUGUAUAGUCUUUUGGAGAAGUCAGUAAAGUUAUUUCAACAACAUUAAGCAAUUUACACAGAAGCAAGUUCAAAGUUGUGGUAUUUGCUUCCACUUUGAGCUGAAGUCACGCACUUUUUAAGCUCUUCAUAGAGCCCUGUUUUCUGUCUUUAAUGGUCUCUGUGUUGCUGUUACUCACACCAGCACUGGUUCUGCAAUGCUCUGGUUUGUGUUCGGUGAACAUUUCUAUUUUCUUUGAAACAUCAAAGCUCCAACAAAGUUAAACAUUUCACGUUUUACUUCAGGUUACUUCUUUCCAUGUGUUCUGAAUUUCAGUAGUUAUUGGCCAAAAACGUCACACCAAACCGUUUCUUUUACGUAUAGUAAAAUAUUUCCUGUCUUUAAACAUACCGUGGUAAUACGACAUGCACUUGCAUGCAAUUUUGCAAUGCUUAAGAAGCAUAGCAAAAAGUGAGUUUUAGUUACCCAUAACUCAGAUUAGUUACUUAGUUCUUUAAUUUGUUCAUCUUAUUUGUAUCUUAUUUAAUAUUUCUCUCAUUUUAGUUUUAAUGUGUGUUUUAGAUGACUUUGUGAAUUGAUUUUUUAAACAUCUUACAUUUUAACACAAACAAAAUGGAUAUUCUGUGCCUAGGAAAUACUAAGUGCUCUCUUUUAGUUCUGAAAUGAUCAUGUUAACCUCACUGUCACAGGUACACAGGCCCAAUUUCUUUAUAGUCUAAAAUGUUCUGUGGUUUAUAGUGUUUUGUAAUGCGUUGAACGGUGUUUAUUUUUUCAAAUAAAACAACUUAAAUAAA